CACUUCCUUCUUCUACACUCCCCGCUGGCUGCGCUCAAACCGCUUCUUACAGGACAUCUGGAGGGUGGAAAUGGGGAGCCAGAGGCAGAAAAACAGUGGUUUCGACUGAAUCGUCAGUGGUUUUUCAGCGUUUCCGAACGCUGGGUAAUGUCACUGGGUUAAAUUAGGGAAACCAGAUUAAGUAGCAGUGCGAAAAAGUCGUCGGAGCGCAGCCCGUUUCUGUACAAUGGCUGCGACGUAAGCGCAACUUGUGGAGCCACGGUGGACGAACGACAGCGCUCGGAGGGUCUACUAACUUUUAGCGACUUGCUGGAGACACCGAGGAGGCCAAGAAAAUGAAGAAACAAUUCAAUCGCAUGAGGCAACUGGCCAACCAAACUGUGGGAAGGGCCGAGAAGACUGAGGUGCUGAGCGAUGACCUCCUCCAGAUCGAGAGGCGGAUGGAGUUGGUACGUUCGGUGUCGCACAACGCGCACAAGCGGCUGGUGUCCUACCUGCAGGGUCAGCUGGGUACAGACACAGAGAAGAGACAUAAAAAGCUGCCCCUGACAGCGCUGUCCCAGGCCAUGCAGGAUGGAGGCAGUCAGCUGGGAGAUGAAAGUCUUAUCGGCAAGAUGAUGGAUGUGUGUGGGGAGACAGAAAACAGGCUGGCCUCUGAACUGAUGCAGCAUGAGGUUCAGAUUGAGAGAGACAUAAUUGAACCCCUCAACCAGUUAGCCGAGGUGGAUAUUCCGAAUAUAUUAAAACAGAGGAAGCAACUGGCCAAACUGGUUCUGGACUAUGACUCAGCCAAGGCCAGGUGGUACCAGGCGACCAAGUCCAAUAACCAGGCUAUGGCAGCUAAGGUGGAUUGUCUCAAGGACGAGAUGGAUGAAGCUCUCAAUAAAGUAGAAAUAUGCAAGGACCAGCUCUCUGCAGACAUGUACAACUUUGCUUCCAAAGAGGGGGACUAUGCACGCUACUAUGUCAUGUUGUUGGAGGCCCAGGCAGACUACCACAGGAGGUCUCUGGCAGCUCUAGAGGCAGCUAUACCCACCAUUCAGGCACAGCAAGACUCAUGGAUGGAAAAGCCGGCGUUUGGGACAGCCCUGGAGGAGCACCUGAAGAGGAGUAACCGUGAGAUCGCCCUGCCUAUAGAGGCCUGUGUCAUGAUGCUGCUGGAGACUGGCAUGAAGGAGGAGGGUCUCUUCAGAAUAGCUGCCGGCGCAUCAAAACUGAAAAAGCUGAAGGCAGCGUUGGACUGUUCCACCUCACAGCUAGAGGAGUUUUACUCUGAUCCCCACGCCGUAGCCGGAGCCCUGAAGUCCUACCUCAGGGAACUUCCUGAACCCCUCAUGACUUUUGGCCUUUAUGACGAGUGGAUACAAGCCUCCAAUGUCACUGAUAGUGACAAGAGACUUCAAGCCUUGUGGGUGACAUGUGACAGUUUGCCAAAGACUCACAAAGCCAACUUCAGGUACCUGGUGAAGUUCCUGGCUAAGCUGGCUCAGGACAGUGAGGUUAAUAAGAUGACUCCCAGUAACAUCGCCAUAGUGCUGGGGCCCAACCUUCUCUGGGCCAAGACUGAGGGGACGCUGGCAGAGAUGGCAGCAGCUACGUCAGUCCAUGUGGUUGCCAUCAUAGAGCCUAUUAUUCAGCAUGCUGAUUGGUUCUUCCCUGAAGAGUUGGACUUCAACGUGUCAGGCAUGUUCGCCAUGCCCACCCACCCAGCCACCCCGGACCCUGAACCCAACCUAGAGAGGAGACGCCCUGGCAGCCUGGUGGGGCAGGAGGGGGAUAGUCACAGCCCCCGUAAAGACAGCACUGUUAACAAACAGCCGGAGCCCGCCCCGCGUAGAACCUCUGUAAAUAGAAAGCAGCCGCAGCUAACCUCACCCACCUUCCAACCCCCACUGCCCCCUCUGGAAGCCUGGGGUCCCGCCCAGCCUGAGCCGCAGCCCCAGGCUCUGUCCCCGGCUCUGUCCCCGGCUACAGAGGCUGAGCAGCCCAGCCUAAGCAGUGCUGGUAGUAGUGGUGGUGGUGGUCUAGGUGGUGGGGUCCAGGUAGCCACAGUGCAGCCUCAGGUUGUAACCCAGCUCAGCACUGAGGAGAGCAGCCCGGCCCGUGAGCUCACCUCCACCCCCCCUCCCCAGAGGAAUGGUUCAGUCCAUCUUGCAGUAGGAACCCCCCACUCUCAGGGCGGGUCCAGAGGGCCCAGUCCACACAUGCUGCGCAGAGGCACCAAGAAACAAGCCCCAGCCCCACCUAAACAAGCCAGCCCGUACGCAUCCCAGCCCAGCAACCAGACACCUGGUUCCCCUCACCACCCACCCAUAACCCCUCGACGGCAUCCUGGUAAAGAGAGCCCCAUUCAUGCCCCCAGUCAUCCGCCCCCUCAACCUCCUCAAGCCCACCAGGCCCAGGGAGAGUCAGAGGCCUCUCCCCCCAGCACUCCCACCCCGCCUGACACUCCUCCUCACGAUGGACCACACUCCAACCCUCUCUCUUCCUACCACUCUGGAUCUCUCCCUCGCCCAUCUAGGCCAGCUCCCAGGCCGCGACCCAGACCCAGCAUGCCACCGCCCCCACAGCCAAUGACAAAUGAUAAUGGUAAUGACAUCUGCAACUCCGCCUCCAAGAUCAUAACAGAUGGAAGCGUGAUCAUUAAGGGGAUUGGACGAGCCCUCGUCCCUGAAAUUGUCUUGGACCAACAAGGGGAGAGCUCUGCUGGUCAUGAGCCCGCCCCUGCUCCGGCCCCGCCCACAGACCCUGGCAUCCAGUCAGAGAGCACCGUUCUGUGAGGAAGGAGGGAUCACUGUAGCUGCCGUCAAAAACUGCUCUCCUUCACUCUGUUGGUCCAUGCAACAGAUUUUAUCGUUCAGACUCAAAGAUCAAGCAUGAAGCUCAAACACCAGCCCUUCACGCUCCAUCUGCUUUGGGUGCCAGCGCUGUUUGGAAAUCUCCCCGUCUUCUCCUCAGUAAUGCUGGGAAUCAACCCUGGACCCUCAUCAGACAGUGGUGGUAUUAAACCACAGAAACCCAGUGCCGCCAUUACAUUCCAUAUUAGACUCAUCAUCUAACCGCCUUUGCUCAAUAUGCUGUAUAUCCUCGCUGGACAUGUUGAGUUUGGACUGCAGAGCCUUGGUAGACACUCGGCCUAAUAGGACUGAACCAUUUAACAUGAACAAUAUAGCCACUAAACUCGAGUGCUGGUGAAGCUCUCAAGGGGCAAGCUGCCUCCUGCAUCAGCACAACAGAUGUAACGUUAUGAAUGUCUGUCAAAACAGAAAUCUGGAUACUGCAGAUUUCACUGUGAAUCUAGUCUAUACAAAUCUUGGCGCCAUGUAGACCUGAUAACUAGUAUUUUUGUAUUCAGCACACUUGUGUGGAGGUAUUAAGGUGUCAGCCUGCCUUUUAAUAGAAAUAGUAGAUGUAUUUAUCUUGAGGCAGAAUGAGAGGCAUUUUACAUUUGAAACAGCUUGAUAGUUUCAUAUGGUUUAAUGUAAUGAUCAGCUUAAAAGGGCUUUUGUGUAAUUGCCAUAGCUUUAUGACCAUACUGUGCUUACCAAUUAUGAUCAAAGGACCAAAGAAAUAACUAGCAUUGGCCAAAGAAGAGAUUUUUUUUUUUUUUUUUUUGUAAAGCAGUUCAGUUUGAGAUUUAUACGAUGGCUGCUAGUGACCACAUGAUUUGACAAAAGUGCAAUAUAGUAAAAAUCCAUCUUAUGAUGUUCCCUCUCCACAGCAUAUACCCAGUUGUAUUUGUUGUUAUUUCUGACAGUUUCCCCCUUAUUUCACUGUAUAUGAAGUAAUCUGUCAGCACGGGUUUAUUUUCCAUCUGCAAUUUAUUCAGUUCCCAGUGACCUGAUUUGCCAAGCUGAAAGUAGCAGUGAUGCUCAAAGAAUAUCUUCUAUUAAUGAAAAGGAUUUGUUGUUAAUUUUUUUAAGAAAUAAAUUGUGAUGAUGAUAAUAUUUUCAAUACAUUCUUUAUAGCUGAUCAUUCCUGCUCAGGCUCAAAUCUACAACCAAACAUCCCCAAAUAAUAAAAUUCCUUUUUGUGAUAUAUUUUACCAAAGUAAUGAUAUUGACAAUCUGUGCUCUAUUGGGGUAAUUUUCAUCACUUUGAUUUUUGCUUCUUAUUUCUUUACAGCACUUUUACCUUGUUUUUCCUGCACAUGCUUUAUAAACCAAAGAGUGAGCAUUUUUUUUCUUUUUUUUAUAUGCGCAUACUUUGUUCAUAUCAAAGGAGAAUGGUUUUGGCGUCAUUACUCUUGAUAUUAACAAUUAAAGAGCAGAAAUUUGUGAACACA